UGGGUUUUUCCCAACACUUCCGGACUUCCGUGUUUAUUUUUUGGGUAGAUCUACCAAAAUACAUACGACUGUUGUUUGCAGAAGUUUGAAUAUGACUGGGGGUAGUUCAAAAACAGUUACAGAAGAAACAUAUAUUAGACAGUUACCUUAUUCUGUUGUUAAGUAUAUCAGUUUGCUGCUUGACGUAGAUAGGCAGUGGGAAAAGUUUGUGCUAAAAAUCCCAAAACGGUUACACGAUGUGGGUCGAGAUACUUCUGAAAUGAGGUAUUCAUAUCUACAGGUCAGAUUGUUUGAAGAUAAAAGCAAAAGACCAGAUGGGAGUCCGACAAAAACGAUCAUGGAUGACUGGGGGACGCAAAACACCAAGGUGAAGCAUUUACUGAGAAUCCUACAAGAGGCAGCACUGUACGAAGCAGCUGAUUACAUAUCAGAAAAUGUACUUCAUCAAGGCAAGGUCCCAAGACUUCAAGAAGAGACAGAAAAUACUGCAAGUCUACCAGCACCUUCAUGGGACGACAAGAAACUCAAAGAUUCAGAUAACAAACAAGUGCAGGAAAAGGAUAACUUUGAUGCACAAUGCCAGAAGAAUAUCUAUGAAAGGGAGAAACCACUUGGGAAUGCAUAUUCGAAUGGGGUGAACAGUCCAACAGACUCCACAUACAAUAGAUUAAUGAAGCCUGGUGAGGAUGAAUGGGCAUACAACAAACUCUCGCCUGGUGUGGACAAGGCCAUCUACUAUCGUACACCAUCGUUCGACAGCGGAGGGAGUUUCUCGGAUGUGUUGAAAGCCGGGAACAAACAUGACGCAGGGGUGGAGCAUGAGGAGGAAACAGUCCAGAUAAGAUCAUUUAAAGAAAGGACUGCAGUGAAAGCGAAUGAUGAAGACGCAUAUUCAUACGCUUAUUCUGGUGGCCCAAAGUACGCGUUUGCCAAGGAAGUCCCCGAACCAAGAAAUGGUAGCGCUGACAAAAUAGCACUGCCGCCGAGGAAACGUGAGCCAUGUGAAACUACAGAUGAAUCCGAGAUUGAUGUUAAAAAACAACAAGAGCCUUGUGAAAGUUCUGAUGGGUCCGCUUCAAAGGAAGAUGAUUUAUAUAAAGUAAUAGCCAAUCAAAAGCUAACAUACCACCUUUUAGGACUCAUCACAGAUGACUUUAAUCAAAAGCCGGUAGCACUCGGUGGAAGGGUAGUAGGAUCGGGUGGCUUUGGCGAUGUUUACUUGGGUAGGUUUGAAAACGGUUUUCAGGUAGCAGUUAAACGUUUAAAAAAUGUGGAAGAAGUGGACAAGCAGUUUGAAACAGAAUUGGAUUCACUUAUAAAAUACAGGCAUAGAAAUAUAGUGCGUCUUUAUGGGUUCUCAAUUGAUGGCCCAGGUAAAUGUCUGGUGUACGAAUAUCUUUGUAACGGGUCGUUAGAGGAUCGUCUACUGAGGAGAGACAAUACUCCACCUCUUCCGAAUGAUACACGCUUGACGAUUUUAAAAGGCACAGCUGAAGGCAUCAACUUUCUCAAUAAGCAGGGCACAGUUCACAGAGACAUAAAAAGUGCUAACGUUCUAUUAGAUGACAAGUUUGAACCAAAAGUAGGAGAUUUCGCCACAGCCAGGUCAGGCCCAAGAGGAAAUUCUACGAUGCCGAUGUCCACACAAGUCGUGAUUGGAACAUCAGCCUACCUUGCCCCAGAGGCCAUGAAUUUUGAUGUCUCUACAAAACUGGACUCUUACAGCUUCGGUAUUGUUAUAUUGGAAAUUCUCACUGCAUUACCUCCCCUUGACCAUGAUCGUGAAGAAAAAGAUUUAAAAAGUCACGUGGAAGAGAAUCAUAUCACAGACAUGCUUGAUACAAGUGGUGGCAAAUGGAUGGAUGAAACAGUAGCAAAAUUAGUUGAAAUUUCAGAAAAAUGUACACAGAUAAAGAAAAAAUACAGAGUAAAUGUUGCAGACAUUUUGCCAGAGUUACUAGCUAUUAAGUAGUUCUUGCGAAUAUUUACAUGCACAGUGGAAAGGAAAGAUUCAGUGCAGUAUACUCAAGUACGGUACUGUCAGUGAUUUAUUCAUUUAACAUAAGCAGGAUAUCUCGCAUAGACAAAUCACACUUAAAGAUAAAAACUGGUAUUUAAAAUAUACCCAGUACCCUCAUUUCAAAUGUUGAUAUUAAUAUUUCAAAAGCAUGGCAAGUUUGGCCGUAUUUGACAACUUUUAGCUGAAUGUAUAGUAUUUUUAUUUUUGUUCUGAAAUCUGUGGAAAGUCUUUCUCCAAAAAUAAAAUUUUCUUGGUACACUCAA